CCCAUCCAUUACCAUCUGUGUGCAUGUGGAAGACAUUUUCCCCUGCCAGCUUUCCACCACACAUGUCCCCAUCAGGGCAGAAGGGUGGAGGCUGGGGAAGCAUGCCACUCCGAGUUUGAGAGAGCGAGAAGGAUAAGGCUGGAGGAGGAGGACACACACACACACACAGAGACGCACACACACAUACGCAGGGACAUAAGCUACAGCUGGGAUUGCGUGUGACUCCAGGACAGAUCUGUGGUAUUCAGCAUUCAGAUGUCGUCGUCUGGAUGGUACAGUAAAAUUUCUCUCUUUUUUGGCUGAAUGUUUAAAAUAUCGCUGGAGCGCCACACCUGAAACCUCGAACCCUGAAGCCAUUCAUUUGCAGCAGUGACGUGGGCCGGUCUGGGGGAAGCAGCCACGCCUGGUGGAUCACAGUCUGUGUGUGAUUAGUGGGUAGCGUGUGGGGCUCUCAUGGCAUCAGCAGACCACCAAUGCGAGCGACACCCCACAGGUGCCCACCCACACAUCCACCCGCAAUGCCCUGUACACAGCCCUUCAGCAGAGGAAGUGAAGAACAGUGGCCUACGCAAGGGCUUGAGCAGACACAGAGACUAUGUGAAGAUCUCUGUACCUGAUGGCAAGGGCAAGCCUCCACCCAUGGAGUGGUGGAAGACGGUGAUUGCAUUCGUGUACGCAGCUUUUAACCUGGUGCUGACCACGGUGAUGAUCACAGUGGUGCACGAGAGAGUCCCAGAGAAAGACAGCAGCCCACCACUGCCGGAUAAGUUCUUCGACUAUGUAGACCGCGUGAAGUGGGCUUUCACAGUGACCGAGGUGAAUGGGAUGCUGCUGGUGGGGAUUUGGUCUAUACAAUGGCUCUUCCAUAGAUACCGGGCCAUCUUGGGCAGGAGGUUCUUCUUCCUAAUGGGCACUUUGUACCUGUAUCGCUGCGUCACCAUGUACAUCACCACUCUGCCCGUGCCUGGCAUGCACAUGACCUGUGCCCCAAAGCUCUAUGGAGACUCCCAGGCGAAACUACAGCGAGUUCUGCAGCUGAUGUCUGGAGCUGGCCUGUCCAUCACCGGUUCCCACAUCAUGUGCGGUGACUUCCUGUACAGCGGCCACACGGUCAUGCUCACCCUCACCUACCUGUUCAUCAAGGAGUACUCCCCCCGUUCGUUCUGGUGGUAUCACCUGCUCUGCUGGCUCCUGGCUGCAGUGGGUGCAGUGUGUAUCCUCGUGGCUCACGAACACUACAGCGUGGACGUGGUGGUGGCAUACUUCAUCACCUCCCGCCUCUUCUACUGGUACCACACCAUGGCCAAUGUACAGGCUCUAAAGUGUUCGCCCAACAACUACCUCACCCACACGUGGUGGAACCCCAUCUUCAACUUCCUGGAGCGUAAUGUGCAGUCGCAAGUGCCUUGUUCGUUCUGCUGGCCGCUGACGUGGCCUCCAGCCUGCCUGAAGAACCCGUGUAAAAAGUACUCCAUGGUGCAGAGCGUUCGCGAGGAGUGACUGUCACAUCUUCACCUCCACACUGUUACUUUUCUUUACAAAUACAUACAGAUCCUUUAUUUAUGAAUACCUGAAAUCUUGCAUAUCAAGAAUACCAAAGACUUUGUGAAGGGGUUGUGAGAAAUCAAUGGCUCAGGUUUAAUCAUUAUUAAAAAGAUGAAAAAAAAAAAAA